AUCAAGAGGAAGAGCUAUCUAGCAUCAGAUCAGCUAGCUAAAGUUUAGAUAGUUGAACAUCCUAGCACUAAUAUAAUCAUAUUUAAAUGUAGGCAGAGUAAAACAUGGUAGUUGAACUAUUUUUUUGAACUAAAAAACACCCCUCGUAUUUCUCUGCUUUAAGCUGGUAGUUUUUUUGGGGUUUUCUGGGACGCGAACCGAACAGCUAGUCAUCCAGCUAGCGUGGUGUUGCUAGCUCAGCUGUCAGCUGUUUGUUUAUGUUUCUGUAAACGUCCUUUCUUCCCUCUAAACACAUGAGUGUUUCACUGGUUGUCAUCCGUCUGGAAAUAGCCGACCAGUCCCCCUUUCCACAAGGGUUUCAAUACUCUGCUGUUGAAGGCAUGUCAGAGGAGGAGCUGCGGGAUAAAAGUCUCUGUUUAGCCAAACAUGCACUAAAUGGGAAGAGUGAGCUGGAGAGAACAGCCAUCCAGCACCAGCACAUGGGCAGCAGAGCCAUGGGAGACAUGGUGAUAGAAACCUAUGAAGCCAGCUCAGCAGGAGGUGAAGUAGGAAGCGGCGCUCCUCAGGAUGCACAGAGUGGAGCUGAGGAAGCCGGCGCCAGCCAGCAGACGGCUCCAGACUCGCCCUCCAAGCAGCUCCCUGAACAGAUCUCCUUCUUCAGCGGGAACCCGUCAGUGGAGAUCGUCCAUGGCAUCAUGCACCUGUACAAGACCAACAAAAUGACCUCCCUGACUGAGGAUGUGAGGCGCAGCGCCAUGGUGUGCAUCCUCACAGUCCCGGCCACCAUGACCAGCCAUGACCUCAUGAAGCUGAUGGCGCCAUUUAAUGAUGUCAUGGAGCACAUGAAGAUCAUCCGGGACUCCACUCCGAACCAGUACAUGGUUCUGAUUAAGUUCUCCUCCCAGGCAGACGCAGACAGUUUCUACACGGCCUGUAACGGACGCCAGUUCAACUCCAUUGAGGAAGCGGUGUGCCAGCUGGUCUAUGUGGAGCGAGCGGAGGUGAUCAAGUCCGAGGAUGGAGCCAGCCUGCCAGUGAUGGAGCUGACCGAGCUGCCUAAGUGCACCGUGUGCCUGGAGAGGAUGGACGAGUCUGUCAACGGCAUCCUCACCACCCUCUGCAACCAUAGCUUUCACAGCCAGUGUCUCCAGCGGUGGGAAGACGCCUCGUGUCCUGUGUGUCGCUACUGUCAGACACCAGAGCCGGUUGAAGAGAACAAAUGCUUUGAGUGUGGAGUUCAGGAGAACCUGUGGAUUUGUUUGAUCUGCGGGCACAUCGGCUGCGGUCGCUACGUCAGUCGGCAUGCCUACAAGCACUUUGAGGAAACGCAGCACACGUACGCCAUGCAGCUCACUAAUCACCGUGUGUGGGACUACGCAGGAGAUAACUAUGUGCACCGCCUGGUGGCCAGCAAGACUGAUGGGAAGAUGGUCCAGUUCGAGUGUGAAGGGGAGACCUGCCAAGAUGAGAAAAUAGAUGCCCUCCAGUUAGAGUACUCCUACCUGCUGACCAGUCAGCUGGAGUCUCAGAGGAUCUACUGGGAGAACAAGAUUGUUCAUCUGGAGAAAGAGACGGCCGAGGAGAUCAACAACAUGAAGGCGAAGUUCAAGGAGACCCUGGAGCGCUGUGAUAACCUGGAGCAGCGGUUAGGAGAAAUAAGCAAAGAGAAGCAGAGCUUAGAGAAGAAGUGCACUCAGCUCAACAGCCGCGUGGUGAAGCUGAGCCAGGAGCUGAAGGAGGAGCAGGAGAUGAACCGCUGUCUGAGAGCCAAUCAGGCGCAGCUGCAAGCUCAGCUGGCUGAGGAGGAGCGCAAAGGAAAGGAGAGCGCGGACCGAAAGGACGUGGUAAUAACCGAGCUCCAGGAGCAGCUCAGAGACGUGAUGUUCUAUCUGCAGACGCAGCAGAAGAUCGAACAGCUGUCCUCCGAAGCUCGCAGCGAAAUCCAAGACGGGCAGAUCAACAUCCCGGCCGGCCAGGCGGACGGCGCCCUGGGAUCUGAUGGAGCGGGCCCCUCCUCGGGUCGGGCCAGGAGAGGCCGCGGCAGGAAGAGGAAGUAGGCAGGGGCCCAAACCUGCAGGGAAAUUUUCCAAACCAUGACUGCGAGUCAUUGUGACUGUAUUUUAUGGCUUUGGGGCUUUUGACUCCUGAGGAUGACGGAGCAGCAGAAACGUUUUCAGCUAAAUAUUUGACCUUUAAGUAGCCUUCAGAGGGAAACCAAACAUCUGUGAUUUUAUUUGAUGAUUCCAUGUCGUAGUAAGGCUACCUUGGUUACAAAGUAUCUUCACUAUACAAGUUCAGAAGUUCAGUAAAAUUCAUUGUACAUUUUUUUUUGUAUCAAAGCCGGUCAGAUAAAGUCCUCUGAAGUCUAAAAAAAAUGAACAACUUCUCUAGAGAUUCAACAAAAGUUGAUGAAUUUUGCCUUUCUUUUUUUUUUAGACUAUAUUUAUUUAUUGCUCCUUAAGUUUUAGUAACUUUUUCUGUCGACUCUCUUCUGGAAGGUUGUGAAAUUUAGACAGAAAAACUGUUUUCUCACAGCAGAAUAAUUUUAGUGCAGCGUUUCCUAGAAUCAGGUGUUUUGGAGAUAUUUUUUUUUUUAUACCAUGCAGUUUCAUAUUGGUAUAUUCAGAAUAUUCAUUUAUCAGCUGACCAGACAUCCGCUACAUGUUUGGCUCAGGGUUAUUUUAACUCCCCUGACUUAGAGCAAUUCACCUCUGUUGUUUUUAAUUUCUACAUCAAACUCUACAUUUUUUUGUAAAUAUAAAAGACAUGUUUGUUUUGGUUUUUUUCAUUCUGCCC